UUUGCGGAGGAGUCUGGGUAUGAUACUCCCCUCUACUCUGCAUCCGUGACCUCGGUUUCUUCUCGCCCCAUGAUGGGCUGAGGCCGGCCCCAACAGCUGGAGAGUCUCUCGGAGAAGAGAAUGACCCACAGGGCCAGCCCACUCAAAGCCUACGACUUCCUCCUGAAGUUUCUAUUGGUCGGGGACAGCGAUGUCGGCAAAGGGGAGAUCCUGGCCAGUUUACAGGACGGGUCCACCGAGUCGCCGUACGGUUACAACAUGGGAAUCGACUACAAAACGACGACGAUUCUGCUGGACGGGCGCCGGAUAAAGCUGCAGCUCUGGGACACGUCGGGACAAGGAAGAUUUUGCACUAUUUUUCGUUCUUAUUCCAGAGGAGCUCAGGGCGUGAUUCUGGUCUAUGACAUCACCAAUCGCUGGUCGUUCGAUGGGAUUGAUCGGUGGAUAAAGGAGAUCGAUGAGCAUGCUCCGGGGGUGCCGAAGAUCCUGGUGGGGAACCGGCUGCACUUGGCCUUCAAGCGUCAGGUGUCCACAGACCAGGCGCAGAAUUACGCCGAACGCCUCGGAAUGACCUUCUUCGAGGUCAGCCCGCUCUGCAACUUCAACAUCACCGAGUCCUUCACCGAGCUGGCACGGAUAGUGUUAAUGCGGCACGGGAUGGACCGCCUCUGGAGGCCGAACAAGGUGCUGAGCCUGCAAGACCUUUGCUGCCGAGCCAUCGUCUCCUGCACCCCCGUCCACCUGGUGGACAAGCUCCCCCUCCCGGUUGCCUUACGAAGCCAUCUCAAGUCCUUCUCCGUGGCCAACGGACUGAACGCCAGGAUGAUGCACGGCCGCUCCUACUCGCUCACCGCCAACAACCUGAACAAGAGGCACAGCCUGAAAAAAGCCAAGAUCAUCCGUCCCCCCCAGAGCCCCCCCAAAAACUGCACCAGGAACAGCUGUAAGAUCUCCUAGGCGGGAGUGGGGGGGACCCCGCCCCCAACCCCCGUGCUGAAAUUUGC